AAACGUCGCCGUGACCAAAUCCCUCCGGUCAGAGUCAUUAUCUCUCCAAAUUCAAAACACGUUCAACCAGAAUCUCUCUCUCUCUCUCUCUUGCUGAAAAAUGGCGAACUCGAGAACUGUUUUGAUCUUGUGCGGUGACUACAUGGAAGACUACGAGGUGAUGGUCCCGUUCCAAGCUUUGCAAGCUUUCGGAGUCUCCGUCCACACCGUCUGUCCCGGAAAGAAAGCUGGCGACUCUUGCCCCACCGCCGUUCACGAUUUCUGUGGCCACCAGACAUAUUCUGAGUCACGAGGUCACAAUUUCACGCUCAAUGCAACUUUUGAUGAAGUUGACCUUAGCAAGUAUGAUGGAUUGGUUAUACCAGGAGGACGUGCUCCAGAAUACCUGGCCUUGACUGCAUCUGUUGUUGAGCUGGUUAAAGAGUUUUCAAGAUCUGGCAAGCCCAUUGCCUCUAUUUGCCAUGGGCAGUUGAUAUUGGCAGCUGCAGACACAGUCAAUGGUCGAAAGUGCACAGCUUAUGCAACUGUUGGACCUGCCCUUAUUGCUGCAGGUGCCAAGUGGGUUGAACCGAUAACGCCGGAUGUUUGUGUUGUUGAUGGUAGUUUGAUUACUGCAGCUACAUAUGAGGGUCAUCCUGAAUUUAUCCAGCUUUUUGUCAAGGCUCUGGGCGGUAAAAUAACUGGAGCAAAUAAAAGGAUCUUGUUUCUUUGUGGGGAUUAUAUGGAAGACUAUGAAGUCAAAGUCCCUUUCCAGUCCCUUCAAGCUUUGGGAUGUCAAGUUGAUGCGGUUUGUCCAGAGAAGAAGGCUGGUGAUCGCUGCCCAACUGCAAUCCAUGACUUUGAGGGUGACCAAACUUACAGUGAGAAACCAGGCCACACUUUUGCUUUAACUACUAACUUUGAUGGCCUAGUUUCCUCGAGUUAUGAUGCUCUGGUCAUUCCUGGAGGCAGAGCACCAGAAUAUCUGGCCUUGAACGAACAUGUCGUUAACAUAGUUAAAGAGUUCAUGAAUUCUGAGAAACCAGUUGCAUCUAUUUGCCACGGACAACAGAUCUUAGCUGCUGCUGGUGUCCUCAAGGGAAGGAAAUGCACUGCUUAUCCAGCCGUGAAACUGAACGUGAUACUUGGAGGAGGAACUUGGCUAGAACCAGAUCCAAUCCACAGAUGCUUCACUGACAGGAAUCUGGUAACUGGCGCGGCAUGGCCUGGACACCCAGAGUUUGUGUCGCAGCUAAUGGCUUUGUUGGGCAUUCAGAAUGAUUUCUAUAACACUUGUGCUAGUUCUCAAGGUCCUCCCAUAAUUCUCUUCAACUACGGCAAAUUUCGGCAACAAUGCCUUGUUCUCAGAGACGAAAAGGAGCAAACCCUAAUUUCCGAUGAUGCCGCCGAACAUGAGAUCAGUCAUGUCGCUGAUUCCCUUCCAAGGGAAAUUGUAGAUUCCCUUCCAAGAGAAAUGGCUAUAUGGUUGGUAAGUCGAGGUGUAGGAGUGGCUGUGGGAUAUGGCUUAGGUGCUUAUUUUCUGUCCGAUUUUGUACCGAUACUUGAGAAGAAGAUGGAACGGAAAUCGAGGAGGAAGAAGAAUCACUACGAGCUAGUGGAAAAGAUCUUAUCUGCUUCGAAUAAAUCCUAAUUAUGAUGAAGCUUUUGUAUCCAUAAAUCAAGCCUUUUGCUAAAGAGGAUAUAUGUAUGAUUUAUGUUUAAUAAAUGGAAGAAAAUUCA